AUGGCGGAUCAUAAAUCUGCGGUGGAAGGAGAGAAACAUUUGGUUGCUGCAGCAUUACACAUAGUGAGAGCAUUAGGAGCUCAUAAGAACUUGGAAGAUGAUUGUAGAAAGCUUCUUGUGGAUCUUGAUAUCAAAUUGUCUGCUAUGACUUUGACAUCUGAGGAAAACAAAGGCGGAGGAGGGCUAACAGAUAUUGAGAAUUGGAUGAAUUCUGUGGAGAUGAAGGUCAACAGCUGGGUAUUAGAUAAAACAUUUGUGCUCAAUUGCAGUCUUGAUGAGGCUUCAGAGUAUUUCGAGCUUGUCGAACAGGUUCUUGGAUUGGCUGAUAACUUGGCGAGUUUUCCUUUUAAUGAUGAUUGGAAGAAAAAGGAGCUUCUUCACCAAGCUCAUACUGUUCUUCAUUUCGCAAUGGUAAAGCUCGAGGAAGAAUUCAGCCACAUUCUUGUUAAGAAUAGGCAGUUCCUCGAGACCGAAAAGGGAAACAUGUCUGUCUGCUUAUGCCGAGAUUAUGACCAAGAAUGUACCUUAGCUUACAUUAGAAACCGGAGGGUUGCUUUGGCUGAGGUCCUGUUUAGACUUGAUAUGGAGAGGAUGAGUAUUGAUGAAUUAGUUAAGAUGGAUUGGCCUAGAUUGGACCCCAUGAUCAAGAAAUGGAUUCAGUCUCUGAAGACGUCCGUGCGCCUUUACCUUGCAAGUGAGAAGCAGCUCUGCGACCAAGUUUUUGAGGAGUUUGAGUCUGCAAAAUUGAAGUGUUUCAUUGAAAUUUCGAAGUCUUCGAUGUGGCAGGUGCUGGAUUUUGUAGAAGCCAUAUGCACUGGGUCUGCGGAGCCGGAAAAGCUGUUUCGGAUACUCGACAUGUAUGAGGUGCUUACUGAUCUCAUUCCAAAUAUAGAUGCUUUGUUCUCUGGCGAACCUCGUUGUUUGUUUCAAAUGGAGUACCGAGAAGCGAUUAAUCGGUUGGGGUGUUGUGUGAAGAGAACAUUUCUGAAAUUUGAGAGUGCAGUCAGAUGGGAGCCGUCUACGAAUCCAUUUGCUCAAGGUGGGAUUCAUCAUCUGACAAGGUAUGUCAUGAAUUAUAUCAAAAUUGUUUUGGAGUAUGAAGAUACCCUUAAUUUAAUCCUAAAGGAAGAUGACAUGACAGUAGUAUGUCCCAAUAUGAUACCCAUAAGAGAACAAGAUGAAGAUACUUCUGACAAUGUUCAGCCAUUGGCACAACAAUUGCGAAUAGUCAUUUCAUCUCUUGAAUACAAUCUCCAUCUUAAAGCAAACUUGUACACGGAUAUAUCUCUGAAUCACCUUUUCUUGAUGAACAACAUUCAUUACAUGGUUCAAAAGAUUAAGGAUUCGGACCUCAGGAUCAUUUUCGGAGAUCCUUGGCUUAAAAGGCAGAUUGGGAAAUUCCAACUUCAGGCUAGAGAAUACAAGCGUGCUACAUGGGGUUCAGUCCUUGAUUUACUAAGGAGUGAACCAGGUGGUGGUGCGAGACCCGUCUCAAAGAAAAUUCUCAGAGAGAGGUUCAGGAGCUUCAUCCUUGCUUUUGAAGAGGUUUACAAAAUCCAAACAGGAUGGUUGAUCCCAGAUCUUCAGCUUCGAGAUGAGGUACAGAUAUCAGUCUCCGGGUUAGUAAUUCAAGUGUAUCGGUCAUUCCUGGAAAGGCAUUACAAUCAGCUGGAUGUUGGAGGCUAUUUUGGGAAGCGCAUCAAAUACAGCACCGACGAUUUGGCAAAUCAUCUCUUGGAGUUGUUCGAAGGAUCCUCCAAGUCGCUGCACUAG